UCAUUUUGCCCCCCCAGCAACUUCCACCAAGCUCCGCCACUACUCGGAUUCAUAAUUGAUGGAAAUCCGACUCUUGAUCAGAUGAGACAAAUUUUGGACCUUAGCUUCAGAAACCUUCCUAACCAUCUUAAGACAUGUUUGCUCUAUCUUGCCAUGUAUCCAGAUGACCACGAGAUACACAGGGUUGAUUUGUUGAGGCAAUGGAUAGCCGAAGGUUUCGUGUGUCCAACCCCUGGGCUAGAUGCAGAGGAUGUUGCAAUAAGCUACUUCAAUGAGCUUAUUAAUAGGAGCAUGAUCCAGCCUGUGGUUACUGACAUCAAUGGAGAGUUGAGGAGCUGCAGAGUACAUGACAUAAUGCUAGAUCUCAUCAGAUCCAAGAUUGAAGAAGAAAAUUUUAUUUCUGUGCUGAAUGACCCGGAAGUUGUGUUAUGGAUGCACAGAAAUAUCCUGAGAGCUUCACUCCAGUGCUUUGGUGAAGAGUGCAGAGUGACAUCAGCAGUGGUCAAUGGGUCAUUAUCAAAAGUUCGAUCAGUCUAUGCUUUUGGAGGGUUUUCUUGCCAAUCUUUGAUGCUACUGAAAUAUGUCCGAGUUCUACAUCUAGAUAUCGGCUACGGCAGAAAUGAUAUGCUAGAUCUCACUGGUAUAUCUAGGUUGUUUCUAUUGAGACACUUACAGGUGAUUAGCAAUACGAGGAUUGAGCUACCUAGCCAAAUUGGUGAGCUACAACAAUUGGAGACACUUGAUCUACCAGUAUCAGUACCAGGACCAAAAACCGUCCCCACCAAUUUUCCAUCUGAUAUUGUUAGUUUGCCUCUGCUGUUGCAUCUCCUGGUUCAAGGAGGUACAGUUCUCCCCAACGGCAUUGGCAGAUUGAGACUUGUGCGAACUCUAUGGAGUUUUGAUAUUGGGUUGAACUCUGUGGAGAAUAUCGAGGGCCUAGGCGAGAUGACCAGCCAAAAUGAUUUUGCAGCGAAGAUGGCCGCCGAUCAACUGAAGCCACUAGUGUAUGUUUCUGUAUGUUCUUCUUGUGCAUCGAAGAACAACAACAGGGCACUCUCAUAGCCAGCUAGAUUUUUCAGUUUGAGUGACUGAGAGUAUUCUUUCCUGGCAACGAACACACGAAACCCGUGAGGCCGAUACUAGUUAGAUUUCCUCAUUUUGCAAUAUUUCAACCAUGGUCCAAACUAUGUAUUAAUUUGUGUAAUGUUCCACCUAUCUAUUUAAAUGAAAAUGCAACAAAAACAAAAAGAAAGUUAUUUUAAUGUAAAAAAAAUUGGAGGAUGCGUUUAGGGGGCGCGGCCGGGAGAAACACGUCUCAAACGUGACACGAAGCGAAGGUAUCCCAGACGUUCAAUCCGACACCGUUUUGGGACUGUGACAUGAGCUAAUCCUACAAGUAUUUGAAAAGUCAGCGAAUAGUGGGCUGCGCACACAUAAUAUAUAGCUAGCAGAUUAUUCUUCAGGGUUGAACUGUUGUUAUGUUCGUCCAAGAUUUUUGUGAGAUGUGAUGCUUGAAGGAAUCAUUAGCUGGUUUGAUGGAUCAAUGCCUUCACUGACUUUCUCUAGCUGGUUUGGACAAUCAAUACGUGUGAAAUUUUGCUACUAAUUCGUUCACCGUUCAUACAUUUUGCCAGAUAAUUAUAUUAUUCAAAAUUUCGCAAGUAAUUCUUAUUACAUACUGCAGUGGUGACCACAUGCUCAUGAGCGCUCAGUAGAAAAGAUGUUGGUUCCAAAUAUUGCUUAAUUUUGAACUCUGUGGCUUGCUCCAUCUCUCCAUUACUUGUUCGGCUAAGUGAAUCUCCAGCGACAGCCCCGACGCAAACGGACCAAACGCAAAGCGACCGGUUUGUCCGUCUCAACGCAAACCUGGCCUAAAAUUAUGUUCGAAUUGCCGGUGGUCCCCCUCCGCUACCUAUAUGGUCCGCCUGCCAGUGUCACAGAAGCCAUUUCUUCACCCGCCACCCAAUACACGAAAUUGGCCGGCGCCAAAAACCCUACCCACCUUGUGAUGGAUGUUGUCGCCGCCAUGGACAUCGACCCUGCCGCCCCAGCUCCGGCACCUGCUGCUACACCCCCGGCCGGAAAUUGUGCCGCCAGGCGCAAGCAGAAGGCUGGGGUGCCAAAGAAAGAGAUGCCGAUGGAGGAGAGGGCGGUCCAAACCAAGAAACACGCUGAACGACGCACCCAUCGUGAAGGCGAGAGAAGCCCAGCUUGCUGUCGAUGCCGUAGCAAGGGUGGCUGCUCAUAUGACAUUGGAGAUCCAGACCAAAGCCAACGCCCAUCUUGGGCCAUCGCUGAAGCCGUCCUCAUACUGAAACGGGACGCGCUCCGAGGCCAUGUCCAUGCCUCGUCGACAAGCUCUUAAGUUCCCAUGCUGCACAACUACCUCUGCAUCGAUGACCAUCACAUUUUCCACCGUCUUUGCCUUACCCGGUCAUGCAUGUCCAACAACCUCUCUCCCACCUCUCGUUGUCGAAGGUCCCGUCUACUGAGCUUGACCUCAAUCGGUCGCCGACGUGCGCAGAUUUGGGGCCAGGGUGUACCCGGAAGUCCAGGGCCAUCCUGUCGGAGAACAUUCCUGUGUCCAUCAACCCGUUCGUCAAAAUGCCGCCGACCCUCACAACGCCUGCCGACGAGGUAUGAUCGCGCCCUGCGUUUUGAUUGUGAUUUGACAUUCCCCUGUGAUGACCAAUGAUCCGGAGGCGUACUUUGCGGAGGACGACGAGAGUACAUAUGCAGGUCAUGCUCAAUGGCAGCGGAUUCAUCCCGGAUGACGGCCCGGGAUCGAGGAACAAACACAAGGGUACGAUGUCGACGAGG